UGAUAAGGAUGUCAGAAACGCAUACAAUGUGAUAUGUUUGUGAAUUGUAACUAAACACACUCCGUAUAUCAUCUUAUUAUUAAGACUACAGUUUAGAUAGCAGAAGGCUGUCUCUUUAACUUUAAAAUUAACCCCAUAGGAAUGGUGUACGGUUACAGGAAAUCAUCCAGAUAUAAUGACUACACAUGUGAGAAUCAUUUACAGUAUCCGAUUUGUUUAUUCUGAUGGCAGAGAGACAGCCACUUCUUUGCUCUAUGGAAAAAAAGUUCUGUGUUACGUUUUAGAUUUUGUGAUGGCAAACGACAUUACAGCAUACCUGAGUGUACAUAAGCCUGCGUUUAUAAAAGAAAAUGGAAAUCCAUUUUCAGUCAAUCCGUUGAAGAAUUGGAAAUGUCCAAAAAAGGGAACCUGCCUACUGAUGCAUACAAAGAAAGAAAACGCUGAUAUCAAGAUUAAUAAUGUACCUGUAAAAGAGAAAUCAGUUGUAGAUGAGUUAACCAAAGGAAAUGAGAAAACAGUAAUCACCAUUUCCUGGAAUCGUGGUGCAGUGGUUAUUACGACCUGGAUCGUUUGUUUGUGCAGUGUUCUAAUGGGGGGGAAUGCUCAAAGGUGCAUGGAAUCGUUGCCUACUUUGAAAAAGAUAUCAUCAUGUCCAGUUAAUGCUGCACAAUGGAAUGCCGCAGCACUGCGGAAGAGAUGCUCCAAGGUUGAACAGUCAUGUUGCUCACGAAAAGAUUUUGUAUAUCACUGCUUAGUCAACGCUUUUGGGAAUGAGACAGUAGAAGUGUGUGCUCAACGCAGGAAAACAAAUUACUGUGUUGAAUUCAAUAGUCUGGGUGCAUUAAUACAACCAAAUUUUGAAAUGAAUUGUACUAGCAGUACGAUUCAUUGUGGAAAGUUUUAUAAUUCAACUGAUAUGUAUAAAGUGCCACAAUGUAUUUUGGUAUCGAAAUUAAAAGUAAAUACCACACAAAGUGAAACAGCACAACCUCUCACUUUGAAUACAAUUUCAACAACAAGAGCAAAUUUUCAUUCGACAUCUACAUCGUAUUUUGAGAUCUCAACUAAAAGACCGAGAAUAUCAAGAAAUACGGGACAGUCCUCAGCUUGGAUAUAUGCUAUUAUAAUAGUAGUGCUAGGAUUAUUUGGAUAUGCAAUCUAUACCAUUUAUGCAUUCAUCAAGUUCUUAAUGAAACGUAGAAAACCCCAUAAAACAAAAAUGAAACAAGAAACAAGAAAAGAAAAUGAUGUUGCAGAAUACAAAGAUUUAGUUUCAUGUCAUUGUAUGGAAGAUGUGAAUAACCAUGACUGUCUUGAUGUUCUGGAAAACAAUGUGUCUUGAAUAUUUUCUAUGCCAAAUUCAUUAAAAAAUUGGCAAUUUUUUUUUUACAUGAUCUCUUUAAUAUAUUUGU